AUGGGAGAUCUCAAAGGACACAUUGUGCCAGGAACUGCCUUCUUGCUGUACGGACUUUGGUGGGCAGUGGGCAGCAUCAGAAGAUACUUCUUAUGUCGUAAAAGAGGCCAACAGUAUCUGUCAACGGCUACCUUCCCCUGCCCUUUCUCUUGUGGCAACACUGAGACAUGGCCAGUAGAGGCUGUCGCUGAGAUUGUCAUAUCAUCAGGUGGACUGUUUGGAGAAAUAUUCUGCAACUUGCCAUCUCCCAGCGCGGGUAUUGUACAACACGCUACAAUGUAUAGUUUCUUCGCUAUAUCUGGUGCAGUGGACCUGUGCAUGCACUUUGGCUUUCCCCUGCCUCCCGGAACCGAUUAUGUGGCCUUGGCGCUGGCAUUUCUAAUCGAGGGCUUUUUGUUCACCAACCAUUUACACGAGAGAGAGAUCCUCGACGUUCACAUCCAUGUACUGCUCGCAUAUGUCGUCUUUCUAUCUGUGGUAGUGAUACUUUUGGAAGCCAGAUACCAGAGGUCGGCCAUGCUGACCUUGUCACGUACCUUCUUGGUCAUGCUUCAGGGAAGCUGGUUCUGGGCCGUGGGGAUUAUCUUCUGGCACUGUGCAGUCAUCUUUAUAACUCUGGUCAUCAUGGCGACCGUGAUGUCCCUCUGCUACAGGACACAUAAAGGCAGCCGUUUCAGGGAUGGUUCUGAGCUACCUAUGACAGAAUUAGAGAGCAGAGAAAAAUACGGCAAUUACAAGUUGUUGGCUGUAAAGGAGAAUGAAGAAAGUGAUAUAGAGUAUGAACAACCGGUAAAAAUGACUUCUGUAGUUGCACGAGAUGUGGUCUAG